AUGGUCGGUCACCGCAGCCCUCUUCCAGCCAACAAUAAAAAUUCCAAUGAAGUCAGCUCGUACCCACAUUUCAGCUCAGUGCUAAGUAUAGAUUGUACUGAGAAGCAAAAGCAUAGUGAUAUUGUACCCGUUUAUUUGAGUCGACACAAGUCUGAUAAACCUACAAUCCAUCUUUUAGUGAUGGAGUGUCUGUCACACUUUCAAUCUGUAGGAUGUUUGUUGAAGCACAAUGUAGAUUGUCUGAACUUGAACAAAACUAAAGUUAUUUUACCGACAGAAGAGGACAAGAUUCUCAAAUUAAAAAAUUUUAAAUACAAAGAAACUGUUCUAUUCUGCGUUUACGCAGAUCUAGAAUGUCUACUGCAACCCACUCUUAAAAGUCUUGGGGAAAACAGAACAAUUUAUCAAAAGCAUACGCCGUACAGUAUAGCCUAUUAUCUACAUUGUGCGUUUAAUGAUUCAUUUCAAAAUUCGAAAUUAAUCGUGGAGAGACUUGCAUUCAAUGUGUUUCACAUUUGUGAAAAACCGUUUACGCUGGAAGACGUCAAACAUCGUGAUCACUGCCAUUUCACUGGAAAGUAUCGUGGUGCUGCUCAUCGAGGCUGCAACCUGAAUUAUCAAAAUUCACAUACAAUUCCUGUGAUGUUCCACAAUCUAUCGGGUUAUGAUUCACAUUUUCUAAUUGAAGCGUUGGCUACAUCGUUCGAGGGCACAAUCCAGCUUCUACCCGUAAACAAAGAGAAUAGUCUUGAGAAGUUAGCAACAUAUCUGGGUGAUGAUCAAAAAUCAAUUACACGAAAGUUUUGCCAUGAUUUAGAUAAAUUUCAGUUAUUUACUAGAAAAGGUGUUUUUCCGUACGAGUAUAUCGAUAAUUGGGAGAAGCUUGAUGACAGACGACUACCGACCAAACCACAAUUUUAUUCGAAAUUAAACGAUCGGGAUAUAUCAGACGACAACUAUGCACAUGCAUGUAAAGUUUGGCAAACUUUUAACGUUCAAACUUUGGGGGAGUACUCGGACUUGUAUUUACAGACAGACAUUUUUUCACUAGCUGACGUUUUUGAAAAUUUUCGACAUAAUUAUUGGACAACUUACAAACUGGACCCAUUACAUUACUACACGGCGCCCGGUCUGUCGUUUGAUGCAAUGUUAAAGUGUACCGACAUCGAGCUCGAGCUUCUCACUGAUAUAGAUAUGAUUAUGUUUAUAGAAAAAGGUAUUCAAGGUGGUGUGUCACAGUGUUCAAACAGAUACGCAAAGGCCAACAACAGAUAUAUGGGGGAGGCAUUCGAUCCACAAGUCGAAGAAUCUUAUCUCAUGUACUUCGAUGUUAACAAUUUGUACGGUGCUGCUAUGAGCUUUGCUCUGCCAUACAGUUCCUUCGAAUGGGUAUCAGACUUUAGACAAUACGACGUUCUUACCAUCUUGGACGAUGCGGAGUUCGGUUACAUAUUAGAGGUAGAUUUGGAAUAUCCUGUGGAACUGCAUGAAAUGCAUGAAGAUUUACCACUGUGUCCGGAGCACUACAUACCUCCGAUCUCGAGUACGAAGCAACCGGAAUUGACGACCACGCUACUUCCCAAACAAAACUAUGUUAUUCAUUACCGUGUUUUGAAACAAUGCUUACAAUUAGGUCUGAAGAAGUAUAGAGAUGUCAGGCUGAUCACGGAAUGGGACGGAAGAUACGGUGCUCGAGCUACUAUAGCUAAGCCAAAUUUCCAUAGCUGCACCAUUUUUGAUGAAGAUAUGGUGAUAGUCGAAUUAAAUAAAACGAAAGUCGAACUAAACAAACCUUUGUAUGCAGAUAGUUUAGUAUAUCACAUCACCGUCCCCGACGUAUACCAGUGUAUGAAAGUGGACUUGCAUAAAUUCGAUACAUCUGAUUACCCAAUCGAUAACGCUUACGGAAUGCCUUUAGCAAAUGAAAAAGUCCUCGGCUUGAUGAAGGAUGAAAACAACGGUCGAAUAAUGGUCUUAGGAGAGAAAAACGACAAAAAACGUGCUAAAGGGGUUAAGGGAUCAACGUUGAGAACAAUAACUUUUAAUGAUUAUUUGUAA